AAGACGACGGAUUAAAAAAAAAGUCUCCGCUUCCCGUGUCUCUAAACUUAAAGUAAAGUGGAGGAAGUGGACGAAACGGUGGUUUCUUAUGGUUGAGUCAGUUGUCUUUAUCAUAUCACCCAGUGGCAGAGUCUCCGCCUGCUGAGAGCUCACCUGAACUUUAAUGAAAAAAAGUCUAUCUCCCACUCGGAUCAUAAAAUCUCAAGAUGAGUAAAGAUGACUUGAAAGAGAAGUGUACUUCAGUAAUGUCCAAGAAAAGAAGACAUGAUGAAGAUGUUGAUGCUCUGCAUGGUUUGACACAAACGUUUCCUCAAGUUAUAAAAACGUUCUCUCAUGGUGAUCUCCACAUGAUCACAGAAUACUACAAGCCCUUUCUCACCUAUGUGAUUGAACACGACAUCAUGCGUAUCUUGGAAAACCUGGUAACCAAGCACAUCCUCACCACUGAUGAGGCCAAGAGUUUCAAAGCCAAAGAAGAAAGUGAGGGACAAGCAGCUGUGGAGGUCUUCAUCAGUGACCUAAUGAAGAUGGAUAGCAUAGUGCUGGUGAGGCUGUGGGAAGCACUAGCUGAAGAAAUCUCAAGAUUUCCAUCACCAAACCUGAGCAAAAUACUGAUGGAGGUGACAGAGCGGGGACCAGAGCUGUUGACGGGCAUCGAGGCCAGUUUAAAAUCCCCUCCUAUUGAUGCACAUAUUAAAGACCUCCGUGAUUUGCACAGAGUUGGUGUGUUACAACCCACAAGACCUCUGGAGGAUCAGGGUUCUCAUGGAUAUCCACACACUACUGCUAUGGGCUCUGAGAGUGGAUACACAGAGCUGAUGGUUAAUGACGGUUACAUAAGGACCUACAGUGAAAGGUACCAUGAACUUGUUAAGAUAGGCAAUGAUGAUGCAGAGCCAGUGGAAAAACGGACAAAUGAGAAAUGUGACCAAGUCUGGAUGAAACAGCUUUUUAGAAGAAGUCCAGGAAGUGACACUACCCCUCACAUUGUAGUGGUAAGUGGAGUAGCUGGAAUUGGUAAGACCACCAUCGUCCAGAAGAUCAUGCUUGAUUGGGCCAGAGGCACUCAGUACCAAAGAUUUGCAUUUGUGUUCUUGUUUAAAUUCAGGGAAUUCAACCUUUUAGACAUGGAGACAGAUCGACAAAUGUCUCUGACCAGGCUGAUUGGAAGGCACUAUAAGUAUCUCGGUGACCCAAAACUGAGAGAAAUCCUACAGAAACCAGAAUCGCUCCUUUUUAUAUUUGAUGGACUGGAUGAGUACAAACACAAACUAGACUUCAAACAGGAACAACUCUGCACAAACCCAGAUGACCCCUUUCCUGUCCACAUCCUGGUCACCAGCCUGGUCAGUCAGGCAUUACUGAAGGGCUGUUCGGUCCUGAUAACAAGCAGACCAACAGCUUUGGAGAUGCUGGAUAUGCAGAGAGUUGAUUACUUUGCAGAGAUCCUGGGGUUCUUUCCUGAGCAAAGACUGAUAUACUUUAAGAAGUUCUUUGGUGACACUGAUCUGGGCACCGAAGCUUUUCGGUAUGUGGAGGACAACACCACCGUUUACACCAUGUGCUUCAACCCCUCAUACUGCUGGAUGAUUUGCUCUGCACUGAAGAGCCACUUCAUGACACCUAAAGAAUUACGAGGCACCACCCCCAGAACUGUCACCGAGGUCUUUGUCAUGUUCAUUCACAACAUCCUUAGCAAUUAUAAACAAGAGGCCGAGGACCAGCGGGGGAUUCUUGUCAAACUGGGGAAAAUGGCUUAUUAUGGAGUGGAGAAUAGGACUCUUGUGUUUUAUGACAAAUUUGAGAUGUCUACCUUUGGUCUCCAGCUAGUCCUCUCCUCCCCAUUCCUCAAAGAAAUCUUGGAGAGGGAAAGCAGUCUGGAUCACACAACAUACACAUUCAAACACCUCACCCUGCAGGAGUUCAUGGCUGCCUGCUCCUUCUAUCUUGAUCCAUCAGGGGACAUUGAGGAGCUUUUUGUGAAGAUGGACACCUGUAAAGAUGGCCGGUUUGUGAUUUUCACUCAGUUCUUGGUAGGAUUGACCAGGCCUUCUGUGCUUAAAACACUGGGGGGGAUCCUGGGGGAGUUGGAGAGGAAAACAGAAAAGCGGGUACUGGAGUGGGUGAAGAAGAAAGCUGAAAAGAUACUAUGGAGUACAGAUGCAAAUGACGAUCAGCUAAUAGUGUGUCAGUGGCUCUAUGAGACUCGGAAUGAGAACUUAAUCAGAGAAGUCAUUGGGAAGGAUUUAAAGUUGGACUUUAGUCAUAGGGGUUUAUCCCAUCUGGAAUGUGAUUUGAUGAACUCUGUCAUUGGCUGCUGCGGAGAACUCGAGGAACUUGACUUGUCAUACACGCUUCUUACCCCAGAGUUCUUCAGAAGACUGGCACCGUGUCUCAUCUGCUGUAGAAGCAUCAACCUAACUGAUUACGCGGUCUCGUCUGAAUGUUGCUCGGCUCUCUCCUCGAUACUCUCUGAUGAAAACUCACGACUGACUGAGCUGAAGCUGUUUGAGGAUCCGUUGGAAUAUUCAGGAGUGGCUAAAUUGUGUGAGGGGCUGAGGAGCACAAACUGUAAAUUGGAGAAAUUGAGACUGUGUUACUGCUUUUUCACCUCUGAAUGUUGCUCAGUUCUCUCUUCAGUCCUGUCUUCUCCACACUCACGACUGACUGAACUGUGGCUGGACUACAAUGACCUGGAAGUUUCAGAAGUGGAUCAGCUGUGUGAGGGGCUGAAGAGCAAAAAUUGUAAAAUAAAGAAACUGAGCCUGGUUCAAUGUGAUCUCACCCCUGGAUGUUUGACGGCUCUCUCCUCAGUCCUCUCUUCUCCACACUCCCAAAUGACUGAACUGGACCUGUCUGCCAAUCGCUCGAGUGACUCGGGAGUGACAGAGCUGUGUGAGGGACUCAAGAGUGAAAACUGUAAAUUGGAGACACUGAGCCUGUCUGGUAGUCUCGCCUCUGAAUGUUGCCCAGCUCUCUGCUCAGUCCUGUCCUGUACACACGCAUCAUUGACUAAACUGGACCUGAGCAGCAACAAGCUGGAGGAUUUGGGAGUGAAUCAACUCUGUGAGGGGCUGAGGAGUGAAAACUGCAAAUUAGAGAAACUGAGCCUGGUCUCAUGUCAUCUCCCCUCUGGAUGUUGCUCAUAUCUUUCUUCAGCCCUCUCUGCUCCACAUUCACGACUGACUGAGCUGCAGUUGGACUACAAUGACCUGCAGGAUUCAGGAGUGGAUCAGCUCUGUGAGAGACUGAGGAGUGAAAACUGUAAAUUACAGAAACUAAGGCUGGGGUCUUGUAGUCUCACUUCUGGAUGUUGUUCAGCUCUUUCCUUAGUCCUCUCUGCUCCACAUUCUCAUCUGACUGAGCUGGCACUGAAUAACAAUGAACUGGAGGACUCUGGAGUGGAUCAGCUGUGUGUGGGGCUGAGGAAUGAAAACUGUAAAUUACAGAAACUGGGGCUGGAGUCUUGUAGUCUCACUUCUGGAUGUUGUUCAGCUCUUUCCUUAGUCCUCUCUGCUCCACAUUCUCAUCUGACUGAGCUGGCACUGAAUGUCAAUAAACUGGAGGACUCUGGAGUGGAUCAGCUGUGUGUGGGGCUGAGGAGUGGAAACUGUAAAUUACAGAAACUGGGGGUGAGUUAUGUUCGGAUCGGUGAGGAAGAGAAGAGGAACCUGAAGUUGCUAGAGGAGGAGCUGAACAGAUCAGGGAGGCGGUUAGAGAUUCAUGUAUGAGAGGAGCAGUUUUGUGAUUUAAAGUGAUGUUCCAGUGCCGGUACACACCAUCCUCUCACUUCCUCAGAUACCCUACUGGAGGUUUCCCUUUGGUCUUUUCUAUUACUUUUUUGUUUUAAGGUUGUGACACAGAGUUGACCUUUGCCCCAAACCAUAACUCCUUUCUGAUCGUUUUCAUCCCAGGCCCUCAAAGCCCAAUGCCGACCUGAGAACUGAUAGAGCAGUGUAGAUGGCGCCACCCAGUGUCAGGCCUCCUCUUUACAGGAUACAUCUUACUUGCUCUGUGAAGGUAAUUAGCAAGCACUCAGUCUUGCAAGCUUGACACAGGAGUGUGAGGUGAUGACAAAAGGACACUUGGUCCUGCUGUCCAUUAUUAUUGUGUCCAAUCUCCCUGCGUCACGGGAAGGUGUGGCUCACUGCCUCAUCAGUACAACUAAAUAACAGAAAAGGAUCAAAUGUCUGUGCCAUCGGGGUAAUGAGGACUUUGUGUGUGUUUCCACAUUAAAAGUAAUAAAUAACCCAAAUAUGAACAGUUUGUGAGGACCUGCUAAAGCCCCCUCACUUU